CGAUCAGCCUCGACUCCAUCAAUUGACCACCCGCCGCAGGUCUCAUCACCCCACGGAGCUCCGACACCGAUCCCACGAGGCUUCUCGCAUCCCUCAUCGUCACCUCCGCCGCCAUGUCGUCGCUCGCCCGUCCCAUGCUCCGCUCGCCGGCCCUCCGCGUCGCCGCCCGACGCUUCGAGAGCACCGCUGCCCAGAAGGCUGCCGAGGUCACCAAGAACACCGCUGCCCGUGCUCAGGAGGGUCUGUCUCGUGUCACAUCUGCUGCUGGCCCGGCCAUUGCUGGUGCCGCCAAGGGUGCCGCCAAUGCCCUGAACAAGGUCGGCGGGCGAACGGGCAAGGUCAUCAGCUUCGUUGAGCGACAAGUGCCCUUUGUGGUUUACUACUCCAAGGUUGCCCUCGAGGUUGGCAAGAUUGUGUUCCACGGCCAGAAGAUGAGCCCUCCCAACAUGGCCACUUUCCAGACCACCUACCAGAACCUCCUCAAGACCAUCCAGACCCGGGGCAUUCUCCAGUCCUCCCAGAACGUCAUUCAGCAGGUACGGAAUAUCGGCCCUGCUCAGGUCGCCGCUGGCGGCGUCGUCCUUGCCGAGGUUCUGGGCUUCUUCACCGUCGGCGAGAUCAUUGGCCGAUUCAAGCUCGUUGGCUACCGCGGCGAGACCUCUUCGCACCACUAAGCGUGUCCCUGUAAUGUAGCGAGAGUUGUGGGGAUGUAUGAAGAGCUGGGGAGAAAGACGAAUGUGAACGACUGGGUUAUAGACAUGGCUUCCCCGGCCCGAGGACGCCUGGGAAGGGCUGAUUGGAGACUCAUCUAUUCGGGGAGUUGGAACCUGGGAGAUUAGGGAACGCCGGUCUCACUGGACCUCGAUGUUUGUCCUCUGUGAGCACCUUUCUUUUGUAGAACUGUACAUCAAAAUCAACACCCAGCGGGUU